AUGGGCCCUUCCACCGGGAAACGCGGCUUCCUCCGAAACAUUGUGGUUCGAUUUUUCUUAUUCUCGCUUCUCGUCUUCGGCAUUCGGUUUGCUUAUGUUAUCGUUAUCCAUGGCGAAUCGUGCGAUAUCGGCGAUGAAUUCUGCUUUUUCUCCUCGUCAAAUUUGUUUGAAAAUCAAAAACUCGUCACUACUGCCGGUGUCGGACAUGCAUCUUCUUCCUCGGUUAUCCUCCAUCCCGCUGCUGCUUCGACGCCGGAGUUUCAGAAACGUGUGAUGUUUUAUAUCACCGUGUUCCAGGAUCUCAUAGUUGACGGAUUUCUUUCGACGAAGUCGAAGGCUCUGUGCGUUGAAACGCCUAUCGGUGACGACGUUUACGCUUUGAAAGAGAUUGGGGUCGACGACGCAGUCGGGAUAUACAAGAAAGCGGCGAAGCCGCUUGUGAUUAACGGGCUAGGGUUCCGGCAGCCGUUUCACGAUAACACGUUUGAUUUUAUAUUCUCCGGCGCCGGUGGGUUUGACAGAUCGGAAAAGGCAGCUGAAUUCGCCGAAGAAGUUCAACGUACACUUAAACCCGAAGGGUAUUUCAUUGUUCAUACAGCAUCUAAUGAUACGUACAGUUUCAAUUCGUUUAUUGGUUUAUUCAAUUGUUGUAAAUUCAUACGUUCGCGUCAUAUCGAUGGAUUCGAUUCCAAUAUGCCUGAAAUACACGAAAUCGUGAUGAAGAAAGUGAACGAUAUCAAAAUCAGGAGAAAAACCGAUCAAAAUUCAAACAACAAAUGCUAUGUUAAAGGCUAUAAACAAGAUUUAGUCAAGAGAGCCGAGCCUUUGAUCCCAAAAGAACCAUUGAAACCAUGGCUGACACUAAAGAGAAACAUCCAGAAUGUGAAGUAUCUCCCUUCCAUGGUGGACAUCACCUUCAAGCAAAGGUACAUCUACAUAGACGUUGGUUCUCGCAGCUAUGGUUCCAGCAUUGCCAGUUGGUUCAAAAAACAGUAUCCAAAGCAAAACAAGACAUUCGAAAUAUACGCCAUUGAAGCAGAUAAGCACUUUCACGAUCAAUACAAAUCAAAAAAAGGUGUCACCUUGUUGCCAUACGCUGCAUGGGUUAAAAACGAGAGUCUAACCUUUGAAAUCAACCAAACUCCAGGCGAUGAAAACGUUGAAAAAGGAAGAGGAAUGGGUCGGAUUCAACCAGUUGAGUCAGGUGGUGGGAUUGUGGGGUCCGUUGAUGAGAUCCAAGGAUUUGAUUUUGCAGAGUGGUUGAAGAAUACGGUGACAGAAAAAGAUUUUGUGGUGAUGAAGAUGGAUAUUGAAGGGACAGAAUUUGAUUUGAUCCCAAGGUUAAUUGAAACUGGUGCUAUUUGUUUGAUCGAUGAGGUUUUUCUUGAAUGCCAUUACAAUCGGUGGCAGAAAUGUUGCCCUGGUGUUAGGAGCCCAAAGUAUCAAAAAACUUAUGGACAAUGCUUGGAUCUGUUCAAAUCCUUGAGACAACGUGGUGUUCUUGUUCAUCAAUGGUGGUGA